AUGGCUAUGAACGUGAAGCCUCUUAAUGCUGAUACAACGUUCUUGAUCGACUUUAUCCCUUCGUUUGCGCCUCCUUAUGCCUCGGCUCGGUUUCCUGGCUCCUUUACCAUCUUGAUCGAUCCCUGGGUUACAGGCAGUUCCUCAGUCUGGAGCGAGGCCUUCCAGAUAUCUCAUCAUACGACUUCGCCAUGUAUUUCAUCAUUACGGGACAUACCAGAACCGGAUCUCAUUGUCAUCUCCCAGGAUAAACCCGAUCAUUGUCACAAACAAACAUUAUGCACGCUUCCGGCAGACUCGAGGGUCCGGAUACUAGCAACUCCGGCAGCUGCCAAAUUGAUCAGAUCAUGGAAAUAUUUCUCACAUGCGACUAUCGAAACGAUGCAACCAUACAACACCAAGAUUGACAAUUCUGUUAUACGCAUACCCAUCCCGGGAUACUCUCUCACCAGUCAGGGCGGAGAAGUUACGGUCUCAUACAUGCCACAAAAGAUGGACCCGACAAGGCUCCAUAAUGCGAUCGGUCUCACAUAUCGAGCACCAAGCAGCAAAACGACAUCAGUAAAUGGCUCUGUCGUUAAUCUGCUCAACCUUCCACCUUCACCACAGGACUCUCCAAUGGCAGGCAACUUUUCGGAUCUCACUGUUGAUCAUACCGACUUCUCUCCACUUCCGGAUUCACCCAUGGAACUUGAAGGAGACUCACCUAUAUUCCCACCCUGUGAGAAAACAAUCAGUGUAUUGUACAGCCCUCACGGUGUAGCUUACCCAGCGAUUGAGUCAUACGCAACAUCCUUCCUAGCAAAGGAAUCAGCAUUACCACUCACCGCUCUCUUCCACCCCAUCAACACGGAAGAGAACCCUUGGUUCAUGGGUGGUGUGGUAGCAGCAGGAUACCCCGGAGGCGCCGAGAUCGUUCGCAAUAUGGGAGCCCGCUACUGGAUCAGCGCCCACGACGAAGUCAAAGACAAUAGAGGCUGGUCGGUGACUUGGAUCAAGAGCAGAGUAUACUCAGCAGAGGACGCACAGCAAAAGUUGGAUGAGGAGAAGAAAAGUUUAGCAUUGUAUCAGGCUGGAAAGGAUGGGAAGGCUGGAAAAGCGAAUCAUAGGACUCAAAUUGUUAGGUUGGAUGUGGGAGAACGGCUACGCAUUGUGUGA